AUGCGCCCGCCGGAGAAGCCUCUGCUGCCGCCGCCCCUGCGCGUCUCUGUCGUCGCGGCCGCUUGCUGCCUGCUGCUCCUGCAGGUGGACGCCUAUUUCGGCCUGACUGGGAAGGAAGCGUUAACUCAGUUUCCUCUGCUGGGGCCCUCGACCAACCCUGCCCACUGGAAGGCUCACUUGAAGCAAUGCGACCUGCUCCGCUUAUCCCGUAAGCAGAAAAGGCUUUGCCGCCGAGAGCCAGGCCUGGCCGAGACCCUACGGGAUGCCAUCCGUCUCGGGGUUGUGGAAUGCCAGUAUCAGUUUCGCAACGAGCGCUGGAAUUGCAGUCUGGACGGACGGGCCGACCUCCUGAAACGAGGUUUCAAGGAAACGGCCUUCCUGUACGCGGUGUCCUCGGCAGCUCUUACUCAUUCCCUCGCACGGGCGUGCAGCGCUGGGCGCAUGGAGCGCUGCACCUGCGACGACUCUCCGGACUUGGAGAACCGCAAGGCGUGGCAGUGGGGAGUGUGCGGAGACAACCUCAAGUACAGCACGAGGUUCCUGAAAAACUUCCUGGGCCAGAAGAAGGUCGGGAAAGACCUGCGCGCCAAGGUGGACAUCCACAACACCAACGUGGGCAUCAAGGCCGUGAAGAACGGCCUCAAGACCACGUGCAAAUGCCACGGAGUUUCCGGCUCGUGCGCCGUGCGGACCUGCUGGAAGCAGCUGUCGCCUUUCCACGAGACGGGGAAGCUCCUCAAGCUUCGCUACGACGGCGCCGUCAAGGUCUUCAGCGCCACCAACGACGCGGUGGGCCAGUCGGAGCUGGCGAGCCCCCAGCACCACAGCCACUUGCCGAAAGUCCCCGCCGGGCCACGCCCCACCGACCUGGUUUUCAUGGAGGACUCUCCCAGCUUCUGCCGGCCCAGCAGGUACUCGGUGGGCACGGCUGGGAGGACAUGCUCCCGGGAGGCCAACUGCGACAGCAUGUGCUGCGGCCGGGGCUACAACAUCCAGACGCGCAUGGUGACCUUCUCCUGCCAUUGCCAGGUGCAGUGGUGCUGCUACGUCGAAUGCCAGCAGUGCAUGCAGGAGGAAGUGGUUUAUAGCUGCAAGCAGUGAGAGGCGGGCGCUGGCGAAUCUUGCGGGGAGACGGGCUUGCUCCUCCUUGGACCACACAGAAGGUUGGCAGCUCGACUCGGUUCUCUCCUUUGCAUCGGAUAUGGAAGUUAGCAAGGGCUGGAACUUGCAAGCUGCCAGGAGUUCUGCAGCCCUGGAUUUUACAGUUCUGUGGACCAGCAGCCAAUCUCCAGGACUGCCUCUGCUUUGGGAAGGUCGACACUAACAAAAGAGUCAAGGGCCUAUUCUCAUAAGAUAUCUAAGGAGCUGCCUUGUGUUUGUCCAUCUAGCCUAGCCCAGGACUCUUGGCUGGGAGUGGUUGCCCAACGUUUUGCGCAAGGGGGUCUUCCCCAGCCAAAGAACUUUUCUUAAACGGCAAACGAAACUGGAUCCUGAGCUGGGCAGAGCUGCCAGAACUUCUCUAGAGCAAGCCCCAAGGGUCUGGUUUAAGGCAGGAGUCUUGAGUCGCAGCAAGCCCGGGAAGAUCUGUUUCGAUGAGCUCGCAGGACGGUGAAUAGAUGGGCUUUCCAUGGCCGCAACGCAGCAUUUUCUUUGAACCAUGUGCCUCUUUAGGAAGCAACAGAGAAAUCUUUACUUUUAGUGUAGCUGUGGUUGGGUGGUAAUGUUGCUGCUCAGGUAACUGAAAA